AUGCAGCUGAAGCUCGGGCAAGGGCGCGUGCACACGACAACAGCCUCAGUCAAAAUGUCGAUCACAAAGAUUCAUGCUCGAGAAAUCCUGGACUCCAGAGGAAACCCCACAGUGGAGGUGGAUCUGUGGACUGCCAAAGGUCUGUUCAGAGCAGCCGUCCCGAGCGGAGCCUCCACCGGAGUCCACGAGGCUCUGGAGCUGAGAGACGGAGACAAGAGCCGCUAUCUGGGGAAAGGGACUACUAAAGCUGUGGAUCAUGUGAACAAGGACAUCGCUCCCAAGCUCAUCGAGAAGAACUUUAACGUGGUGGACCAGGAGAAGAUUGAUAACUUUAUGCUGGAGCUCGAUGGAACUGAGAACAAGUCUCAGUUUGGGGCGAACGCCAUCCUGGGCGUGUCCUUGGCUGUGUGUAAAGCCGGUGCUGCGGAGAAGGGAGUCCCUCUGUACCGACACAUUGCAGACCUGGCUGGUAACAAGGACGUGAUCCUGCCAGUGCCGGCCUUUAACGUGAUCAAUGGUGGCUCUCACGCCGGGAACAAACUUGCCAUGCAAGAGUUCAUGAUCCUGCCUGUAGGGGCCGCCAACUUCCACGAGGCCAUGCGCAUCGGAGCAGAGGUGUAUCAUAACCUGAAGAACGUCAUUAAAGCCAAAUAUGGAAAGGAUGCGACAAACGUGGGAGACGAGGGUGGUUUUGCUCCCAACAUUCUGGAGAAUAACGAAGCCCUGGAGCUGCUGAAGUCGGCCAUCGAAAAGGCAGGUUACCCCGAUAAGAUCAUCGUGGGGAUGGACGUGGCGGCCUCUGAGUUUUACCGCGCCGGAAAGUACGACUUGGACUUCAAGUCACCGGACGACCCCACACGCCACAUCAGCGGAGAGGCGCUGGGAGACCUGUACCGUAGCUUCGUCAAAGGCUACCCAGUCCAGUCCAUCGAAGACCCAUUUGAUCAGGACGACUGGGAGAACUGGACCAAGUUCACCGCCUCCACCGACAUCCAGAUCGUAGGAGACGAUCUGACUGUGACCAAUCCCAAGAGGAUCCAGACAGCCGUGGAGAAGAAGGCGUGUAACUGUCUCCUGCUGAAGGUCAACCAGAUCGGCUCCGUGACUGAGUCCAUCAAAGCGUGUAAGCUGGCUCAGAGCAGCGGUUGGGGCGUCAUGGUGAGUCAUCGCUCUGGUGAGACUGAGGACACGUUCAUCGCCGACCUGGUGGUGGGACUAUGCACUGGCCAGAUCAAGACUGGUGCCCCCUGCAGGUCAGAGAGACUGGCCAAAUACAACCAGCUCAUGAGGAUCGAGGAGGAGCUCGGUGAGAAGGCAAAGUUUGCGGGGAAAGACUACAGACGUCCCAAAGUAAACUAA